AUGCCUUCCCGGCGGAUCCUCAGCGAUACGCGAAAACACCUACCCUUCAGCGAGCGGCUACAUCACUUCACGUGGUCAUGGUUCGAGUGUACGAUGAGCACCGGCGCGAUAGCCACCGUGCUUGGCCAGCAACCAUUUGGCUUUGACGGCCUGAAGACAAUAGGGAAGAUAUUCUUCAUCCUGGAUCUUGUCCUAUUUUUCACUUUCUGUGCAUGUAUAACGUACCGAUUUGUGCGGACGCCACCUGGCACGCUUCGCACGAGCUUACACCACCCGGAAGAAAGCUUCUUUUUCGGGACCUUCUGGCAAUACGGCGUGCCCUCGUCGGGACCCUGGCUUAUCAAAGCGCUCGAGGUACUUUUCUGGACUUAUGCUGGAUGCGCCAUACUCGUCGCGGUAUUCCAAUAUCAUGUCAUCUUUGACACCAGGAAGCUGCCUGUCACAGAUGCACUGCCAGCCUGGAUCCUCCCCGUUUAUCCAUUCUUGGUCCUGGGUCCGCUUUCGGCUGUUUUGGAGUACAGCCAACCCCCAGAUGCCGCAUUGCCUAUAAUGAUUGGCGGUAUCUGUUUCGAGGGCCUGGGCUGGGGCGUCGCAUUAAUCAUGUACACAAUCUACGUCACUCGCCUUAUCAACAGCGAUCUGCCUGAGCCGAGCAAGAGACCCGCAAUGUACGUCGCUGUCGGGCCGGCAGCAUACACCGCAAACACAUUGGUUGCAUUGGGGAUGCAGGCCCCCAAAGUCAUACCCCCGAAUUUCCUGGGCAUCGGAUCCUUCCCUGUGGGCGAGGUCUGGAAAGCCAUCGGUGUGCCCUGUGGCAUCUUCCUCUGGCUCCUCGCCUUCUGGUUUUGCGCGCUGUCUACAGUAUCCGUUCUUAACUCCUGGAAGGAGAUGCACUUCACGCUGAACUGGUGGGCGUUUAUAUUCCCGAACGUCGGCUUGACCAUCGCGCUCAUCCAAAUCGCAAACGUCCUGGAUAGCGAUGGAAUCAAGGGGGUUUGCUCGGCAAUGACGGUCAUCUUGGUCACGUUGUGGAUCUUUGUAGCGAUCAUGAAUGUGCGGGCUGUUUGGAGAGGUGAUAUACUGUGGCCGGGCAUGGACGAAGAUAUGGAAGAGGAAGGGGAGCAUGAGGACGAUGAGGAGCAAAGAACAGAGUAG